AAUCUCAGUAUUUCAAGAUGAAGAUUCUGGCAUUGCUAUGGGAAGUGUCUUUACUGGGACUAUGCAAUGCAAGUUGUUGUGGAGGCAGCACUAAAGAUGACUCAACUGUCCUUGAUCUUGCCAAUCCAGAUAAAUCACUAUUUAGCACGCUGAAUGGGAGAUUAGGAACAAUUUAUAUGCUCGCAUCUGGUAAAGAAAUAACUGAGAUAUUUUACGGUAGAAGUAAAAUAUGGAAAGCUAAAGAUGGACAAGGGUGUAAAUGGGUUGAAGUAGCUAUUGAUAAUAAGGGAAACGGAAUGGCAUAUCCUACUAUGAAAAACAAGGAAUACACAAAAAUUCCCUUUAACACUACUGUAAAUAACACUGAAGAUAGUUCUGCAUCGAAUCCAUCAGGUGAUAGUCCAGCAAAUGAAGACAGAAAUGGAGGAAGUAACCUAAAUCUACAAGGUAGUAACAAUGGUAAUAAGACUCAGAAGGAUACCAAACAAUAAUGCAGUACAAGAUGCUGAGAGAAAACUACCCAUUCAAAAUGGUAGAAGCAUCUUUAAGUAGACAACCGGAAC